AUGGAUCACAUAGAGUAAUUAUGUUAGUUCGAAUAACAGAAACCUCAAUACUAAUAACUAGUAUUGCCAAUUUACUAAUAAUAACUAUUUGUUUCUCACGGACCAAAAUUAGGAAAGAGUAUACCACUUAAAUGCAAAGGUACAGAUUAUGUUGAUUCUCAUCAAUCUGGUGAUCCAAAUUAUCAUUAAAUUUUACAGAAUCAGUAAUCUUUUAAUGGCAAAACAGUUCAUUCUUAAAUGCAGUCCAUCAUAUCUCAAGAAAUUAAAACUGAAGGUUUAAAGGUAUUAGUGACUGAAGAAGAAAAAUAAAAAUAAAUAAUUUAAAGAAGAGAUUCAGGUUUGUCAUGGUAAUCAGAAGUAAAACUAGAGAUUAAACCUGAAGAAUAAUCAAAAGAAUUAAAAGAUUUAUAAGAAUGUUAAAUCUGUUAUAUUGAGAAACCAAAGGAAUCAUUCAUAGCCCCACUAAUUUGUAAACAUGAAUUCUGUAGUGAAUGUCUCUCUUAACAUCUCACAUAAAAUAUUUUGAAAGGCAACGUAUUAAGCAUCACUUGUCCAUAAUCUACAUGUACUUUUGCAUUUAAUGAUGAACAAAUAAAAAGUUUAGUAUAAGAAAAGAUAUAUGAAAAAUAUAAGAGAUUCUAUAACAGAUAAGUAAUUAGUUAGAACAAAAAUGUUAGAUGGUGUCCAAAACCAGUAAUAUAUAUUUUUAUUAUUAUAAGGAUUGUGAAAAUUAUGUAAUAGGUAAUGGAAAUGAUUUACUUUUUUGUAUAUGUGGAUAAUCUAUUUGUUUUUAAUGUGGGAAUUAAUAUCAUAAAGGAAUGGAUUGUAUUUAAGCAAUGGAUGCUUAAUAUUUGUAAGCAAGAAAAGAUAAUCUAAUAUUUGAUUGUCCUAGUUGUAAAGCUCCAAUCCAAAAAAAAGGAGGAUGCAAUCAUAUGACUUGUUACAAAUGCAAAUAUUAAUUUUGUUGGCUAUGCAGAGGAAAAUAUUCAUCUUAUCACUAUGUAAUUUUUAACAUAUUUGGAUGUGUCUGUAUCUAAUCAUUUCAAUCAUAGUUCCUGGAGGAUAAGGAUCCAAUUUGUAACCAUUUAAGAAUCCAAUGAUGUUAAGAGUUAUGAUGAUCAUACCAAAAAUAUUACUUACACUUAUCCUCAUUUCAGUAUUAUUAGCUUUAUUACCAUUCUUCCUAUUGUACUUAAUUGUUGCAGCUCCUUAUGAGCUCUCAAGAAGAGUAUGUGGAUUUAGAUUAAGAAGAUAUAGAUUAUGUGGUAAAAUAGGUUUUGGAAUCCUAUACUUCUUUUUGGGAUUAUUAUUAUCCCCUUUGACAGUUGCCAUUGCUAUAUUGGUUAGUCCAUGUUUUUUGAUAUUUUAUUUGUUGGAUAAUAUCUGA